UAUUGACUGCAUCCUUCUCUACACAGUGGGUACAUAUAUAUUGGACCAUGGCCAGUUCAACAGACCUCUCGAGAAUCAAAGAAAUUUCUGAUACUGGAAAACAGCAGAACAGAGUGGUGACUGAAGAGGAAUGGCUGCAAAAAUGGGAAGCAAACAACAUUGGAUUUCAUCAGGAACAAGGACAUCCGCUUUUAAAGAAGCAUCUUGAUCUUCUUCUCAAUGGCAGGAGUGGACUCAGGAUAUUUUUUCCACUUUGUGGCAAAGCGGUAGAAAUGAAAUGGUUAGCUGACAUGGGACACAGCGUAGUUGGUGUGGAAUUCAGCAAGCAGGCACUGAAGGAGUUCUUUACAGAACAAAAUCUUUCUUAUUCUGAGGAAUCAAUCCCGGAGAUUUCUAAUGGCAAAGUAUUUAAGAGUACCUCUGGGAAUAUUUCUCUGUACUGCUGCAGUAUCUAUGAUCUGUCCAGUAAAAUUGCAGGCAAGUUUGAUGGGAUUUGGGACAGAGGAUCACUAGUGGCCAUUAAUCCAUGUGACCGAGAACGCUAUGCCAAUUUGAUGUUGUCUCGAAUGGAUAAAAAUUGUUCCUAUCUGCUGGCUACUGUUUCAUAUGAUCCAAGUAAAUAUAAAGGCCCACCAUUUUAUGUUCCUGAACAUGAAAUUGAAAGUUUGUUUGGCAAAUUCUGUGAAAUUAAAUGUCUUCAAAAGCAAGAUGCCUUUUCAGAAAGACAAAAAGAAUGGGGACUAGAUUAUUUUCUAGAGGUAUUAUAUCUACUAAAGAUUUUUCCUGGAUAAAGCAACACACUAAUAGUAGCAAGGUGGGGAGGGGGUUAAGUUUGAUUGAUUCUGCUUUGUUUUUAAUGAACUGGAUAUAUGGGAAUUCUUCUAAUGCACUUCAAAGUAUGAAAACUUGAGUAUGGAACUAGGAUUGUCUCUGUUUUGGGAUUAUUUUAAGAUACUGCUUCUAAAAUCAAUUAUACUGUACUUCUAUUUUAAUUUACAUUAUAUGUGUUUUAAGACCGUUUUUCUUAACUAGGUUUAAAUUCCCUGCAUAAAAAAAUCAUUUUAACUGUGUUACCUUUGUUUCCUAUAUUUUUGGUAAAUUAAAAGCUAAAAAGAUAAUUUAAAGAAGUGACCCUAUAGUGGGCAAUGGUCCCUACCUGUUGACGGUUUUGUAGUCACCAUCCUAACUAUAGUUUCCUGUAAUUUUGCUCUCCUGCCAGUAGGCAAGGACUGUCUGGUGGCUUCUUCCUUCUGCCUUUUUCUCCCCGCUUCUACUGUUAAAGAGACUGGUUGACAGAGAGCAAAACAGAAUUUUAGCAGCAGUUAUGUUUGGGUGAACAGGACAUAGUCAACUAGAAAUAUGUGACAAAAGUGAAUCUGUUGAGGGGAGAGCAAAUGCUGCCCCUGCAUCAGUAAGAAAGCUGUUUUUCCCGUUA